AUGACCAGGCACACACCUGAUUCCAUCCGCUCUCGAGUCUCCUCGCUCUCCCUACGCCUACAAGCAAUGGAAGCCGCCGAAGCUCUCUCACGCUCCCAAUCCCCUGCGCCCUCCAUGGCCGCCUCGACAUCUCUCCCCGCCGCCUCUGCCACGAAGGCCUUCGUUCUCGCCGAUAUGGAUGGUCGUCCGGCCUCCUCCAACCCCAUCUGCGAGUCCUGCUGGAACACUCUUCGCUACAGCGAGGUCAAGCAGACCGUCAGAGCGUCUACCCCGGCCGCCUGCAAGCUGUGUGCCGUCGCCGCUGGCAAGCCCGAAGCCUACACUCAACCCUUCAUCGACUUCCUUACCGAGAACCCCACCAUCUUCCAUGCCGUCUCCUACUUCAAGGAGAAGCUCGCCGCCGCCGGUUUCACAGAGCUUCCGGCCCGUGAUAGCUGGGCCUCCAAAGUCCAACCCGGCGGGAAGUACUGGACCACCCGUAACGGCUCCGGUCUCAUCGCCUUCACCGUCGGCGAGGCCUACAAGCCCGGCAACGGUGUCGCUAUGAUCGCCGGUCACAUCGACGCCCUCACCGCCAAGCUCAAGCCCGUCAGCACCAAGCCCACCCGCGCCGGAUACCUCCAACUCGGCGUCGCCCCCUACGCCGGCUCUCUGAACCAGACAUGGUGGGAUCGCGACCUCUCCAUCGGUGGCCGUGUCAUUGUCCGCGAUGAGGACUCCUCCAAGACCUCCAUCAAGCUCGUCCGCCUUGACUGGCCCAUUGCCCGCAUCCCCACCCUUGCGCCGCACUUUGGCGUAGGCAUGAUGGGCCAGAACAACCCCGAGACCCAAGCCGUGCCAAUCAUCGGCCUCGACAGCUCCGACUCCUCCACCGCCUCCCCCGAGCUCCUCGGCCCCAAGGGCUCCUUCGUCAACACCCAGCCUCCCAAGCUCGUCAAGCUCAUCUCCAAGGAGCUCGGCCUCGCCUCGCCUACUCAGAUCGUCAACUGGGAACUCGAGCUCUACGACUCUCAGCCCGCGCAGACCGGCGGUCUCGAUCGCGAAUUCAUCUUUGGCGGACGCAUUGACGAUAAGCUCUGCUCCUGGGCCGCCUUCACCGGUCUCCUGGCUGCCGAGUCGGACCCUUCUGACGGCGUGAUCAAGCUCGUCGCACUCUUCGACGACGAGGAGAUCGGCUCGCUGCUCCGCCAGGGUGCCCGUUCCAACUUCCUCCCCUUCACCAUCGAGCGCGCCGUCGAAGCUCUCACGGAAAGUGCAAAGACGGACGUCGCCUUCGGCUCAAACGUCCUCGGCCAGACAUUUGCCUCGUCGUUCCUCCUCUCCGCGGACGUCACUCACGCCGGCAACCCCAACUUCCUCGGACUCUACUUGGACGAGCACGUCCCCCGCCUCAACGUCGGCAUCGCCAUCUGCGGCGACAGCAACGGCCACAUGACCACCGACGCCGUCUCCACCGCCAUCCUCCAGCGCGUCGGCGAGCUCAGCGGUACCCCUACCCAGACCUUCCAGAUCCGCAACGACACCCGCAGCGGCGGCACCGUCGGCCCGGCCCUCAGCAGUGCCAUGGGCGUCAGGGCCGCCGACGCCGGUCUGCCGCAGCUUAGCAUGCACUCCAUCCGCGCCACUACCGGUUCGCUCGAUCCCGGUCUGGGUGUGAAGUUUUUCAAGGCUUUCCUGGAUCUUUGGGAGAAGGUUGAUGGCGAGUGGCACUAA